ACUGCUAGUGCUCGAGUCUUCAUUCGACGAACUACUGAUCGAUUGACUUGGCUACGAACACAGCUUGGAGAAAUGGAGAGCGACUGCCAGUUCUUGGUGCCGCCGCCGCCGCAGCAGCAGCCGCACAUGUACUACGAUCCGGUGAUGGACGAGGCGCAGUACUUGCAGCAGAUGGCGGCCGCGGAUUACCGUUCGGCUGCGGCGGCAGGGAGGGGAGGAGGAGGAGGGGAUGGCGGUGGCGGGGAGAAGAAGCGGCGGUUCACGGAUGAGCAGGUGCGGUCUCUGGAGUCGACGUUCCACGCGCGGCGCGCGAAGCUGGAGCCCCGGGAGAAGGCGGAGCUGGCGCGGGAACUGGGGCUGCAGCCGCGCCAGGUAGCCAUCUGGUUCCAGAACAAGCGCGCCCGGUGGCGCUCGAAGCAGAUCGAGCACGACUACGCCGAGCUCCGCGCCAAGUACGACGCCCUCCACACCCGCGUCGAGUCGCUCAAGCAGGAGAAGCUCGCCCUCGCGGCGCAGGUGGAUGAGCUGAGGGGGAGGCUGAACGAGCGGCAAGACCAGAGCGGCAGCUGCGACGGCGGCGCCGAAUGCGACGACGACAAGAUCAGGAAUAAUACCGUUAACGCUAGCAUCAGCGGCCUCGUGGAGGAGGACGUGAGCUGUGUCGCCGUGCCGGUGAUGGACUUCUCGGAGGACGGCUCGGCGGUGAGCGGUGGGUACGACUACGACCACCACAUCGAUUACGCCGGUGGCGGCCUGCCCGAGCCGUUCUGCGCCAUUCCGGAUCUGUGGGACACAUGGCCGAUGGUGGAGUGGAACGCAGUGGCAUGAACCGAUCGAUCAGAGUAGCAUACAAUUUAUGUAUAUGAGUGUGUAUUGUGUGUAGACGUCGCGUUUGUGUUGCUAUUGCUAGCUUGUGCAGCCCGUCGAUCCUCCGGAGAGAUCGACGAGAGCGGCGGCUAGGUAGAGAGCAGAGCGGAUCGGUGGUGGUGCAACCGGCCGGGGCUACCAACGAUGCAGAUCCACAUGCAUCACACACACAGACAGAAACCCUCCGGCCGCCGAGUCUUGUACUCUUGUUAAUUAGGAUUGCUACAUUUAUUCAUGUUCGUGAUUGGUGAAAGUGGCUCCACUGCCUUCAGAGCCAGUUCGUGCACUUCGUAAAAAAAAAAACAUAUCAGCGCUGCGAAUACGUGCCA